CGGGUAACAGCUAAUCCGCGCCCACGGUAAGCACCGGACCGCCGGCCUACCGGUAUAAAAGGGACAGGACACUAAUCACGUCCUGACCCACAGGACCCGAUAAUUAAUUCUCCACCCAUAAACCCCAGACCAUUCCGCAGAAAAAGAAGAAGAAAGCAGGAAAUAGGAAAUGGCGUCGAACGAAGUAGACCACAGGCCAAAUCCAACCGUGGAAGGAGAAGACGACGAUCCUCCAAUGCUGAGCUCCCAAGCUCUUGAAGCCCUACAAGAGUUCCUCAACGAGCAGAAUCAAGGUUCCGUCCAUCGAGAUGGAGGGGGGAGCGUCGAAGAAGAUGGUUCUGACGAACGAGUUAGUUUAAUCGCGGAGGACUGGAGGCUGAGUCAGUUCUGGUAUGACAGAGAGACAGCAGAGACCGUCGCGACGGAGGUUCGGGAUCUGUGCGUGGCGACGUCUUCUCCCGUCGCCUGCGUUGCUUGUCCCACUCUCUACGCUUACCUCAAGAAAAUUGAUCCUAACGUCCCAGCGCAACUACUUGAGUAUGACAAGCGCUUUGAGCAGUACGGAAGUGAUUUUACAUUCUAUGACUAUAACCACCCAGAAGAGUUGCCACCAGCAUUGAGGCAUGCUUAUCAAGUUGUUGUUGCAGAUCCUCCUUACCUGAGUAAGGAAUGCUUGGAAAGGGUUGCUCAAACAAUAGCUUUCCUCAGGCGACCGGGAGACUCCUACUUGCUUUUACUCACAGGGGAGGUGCAGAAACAGUUAGCUGCGGAGCUGCUGAACUUGUAUCCAUGCGGUUUUAGGCCUCGGCACUCUAGCAAGCUCGGAAAUGAAUUUAGGCUUUUUUCAAACUAUGAUCCACAAGACAGAUUAGGUGGUUGGGAACAGGCUGAAUAGGUCAGAUUGUAUCAAUGAUGAAUUACAUGAAGAAUUGCACGAAGAGGGUUUUGAUGUUUUGCCGUUGCAGAUUGUUUUGAGCUGCUUGGUGCCUUUGGCUAUGAGGAUCCCCAGGUUUUGAAAUUUUUUCUUUUGAGGGAAGAAACUGAUUAAGUGCUUACUAAUAUAUUCUUCUGCUCUUUCAUUUUUCAA